CUCCGGCGGCUCGCGCCCGGGAAGGUCGGCCGGGGAGCGCGGGGUGCCGCGGGAGGGCGAGCGGGGACGCGGUGGGAGCCGAGGAGACGCAGCGGCGGCAGUAGCGGCGGCGCCUGGGCCCGGCCGCAGCCCCUGCCUCCCGCCCGCGCACCCUGCGUCCCGCCGCGGCCCGCAGCCUGCGGCGCCCGAGCUCCGAGGGCGCUUCCCCGGGCGCUGGGCCCGAGGCGGCCAAGACGGCGGGCCGGCCGGGCGCGGGGCGGCGGGCGCUGUGCUGCGGGCUGCGCUGGUGGGGGGCGGCGGGCCGCGGCGCGGGCCCGGGGCCCAGCGCGUGCGGCUGGGAGGCGCUGUGGGGGGCGGGCGCGCGGGCGGCGGCCGGGGCUAUGGCCGAGGGCGGCGGGGGCGCGCGGAGGAGGGCGCCGGCGCUGCUCGAGGCGGCCCGCGCGCGCUACGAGAGCCUGCACAUCUCGGACGACGUGUUCGGCGAGUCGGGCCCGGACAGCGGCGGGAACCCCUUCUACAGCACGUCUGCCGCCUCGCGCUCCUCCUCGGCCGCCUCCUCGGACGACGAACACGAGCGCCCCGGCCCCCCGCCGCCGCCCGGCGCCCCGGACGCGCAGGAGCCGGAGGAGGACGAGGCCGGCGCGGGCUGGAGUGCCACGCUGCUGGACCGCCCGUCCCCGCGCUUCGAGGACACCGGCGGUCCAACCCGAAAGAUGCCCCCCGGCGCCAGCGCCAUGGACUUCUUCCAGCUCUUCGUCCCGGACAACGUGCUCAAGAACAUGGUGGUGCAGACGAACAUGUAUGCCAAGAAGUUCCAGGAGCGCUUCGGCAGCGACGGCGCCUGGGCCGAGGUGACGCUGACAGAGAUGAAGGCGUUCCUGGGCUACAUGAUCUCCACCAGCAUCUCCCACUGCGAGUCGGUCCUCAGCAUCUGGAGCGGCGGCUUCUACAGCAACCGGAGCCUCGCCCUCGUCAUGAGCCAGGCCCGCUUCGAGAAGAUCCUCAAGUACUUCCACGUGGUGGCCUUCCGCUCCAGCCAGACCACGCACGGCCUCUACAAGGUCCAGCCCUUCCUCGACUCCCUGCAGAACGGCUUUGACUCUGCCUUCAGGCCUUCCCAAACCCAGGUGCUACACGAACCCCUGAUUGACGAGGACCCUGUGUUCAUCGCCACGUGCACGGAGCGGGAACUCCGAAAGAGGAAAAAGCGGAAAUUCAGCCUCUGGGUCAGGCAGUGUUCCUCCACUGGCUUCAUUAUCCAGAUUUACGUCCACCUGAAGGAAGGCGGGGGCCCCGAUGGGCUGGACGCACUGAAGAAUAAGCCCCAGCUGCACAGCAUGGUGGCCCGAAGUCUGUGCCGGAACGCGGCAGGCAAGAACUACAUCAUCUUCACGGGGCCCAGCAUCACCAGCCUGACCUUGUUUGAGGAGCUGGAAAAGCAAGACAUUUACUGCUGCGGCCUGCUCAGCUCCAGGAAGAGUGACUGCACCGGCCUGCCCCUGUCUAUGCUGACGAGCCCGGCCACCCCCCCAGCCCGGGGCCAGCACCGCAUCAAGAUGAAGGGGAACAUGUCUCUGAUCUGCUGGUACAACAAAGGGCACUUCCGCUUCCUGACCAAUGCCUACUCGCCGGUGCAGCAAGGAGUGAUCAUCAAGAGGAAGAGUGGGGAGAUCCCCUGCCCCUUGGCCGUGGAGGCGUUUGCUGCCCACCUUAGCUACAUCUGCAAGUACGAUGACAAGUACAGCAAGUAUUUCAUUUCUCAUAAACCGAACAAGACCUGGCAGCAGGUGUUCUGGUUCGCCAUCAGCAUCGCCAUCAACAACGCCUACAUCCUCUACAAGAUGUCCGACGCCUACCACGUGAAGAGGUACAGCCGGGCGCAGUUUGGCGAGAGACUGGUGCGGGAGCUGCUGGGCCUGGAGGAGGCCUCGCCAGCCCACUGAUGCGGCCGCGGCCGGGCUCAGGUGAGGACCAGGUCCGGGAGGCCGGAGGAGGGAGAGAGCCUGCCGUUCUGACCUGCCCAGCCCGAGCCCUGGGCGCCCCCGCGGGGGAGGGGGGUGGGCCCGGAGGGGUGCCCCGGCCUCCGCAGGGCCCGGGGUGGGCCUGGUCAGACGACGGCUGCUCUCCCGGUUCCCCUUCAAAGAAGAGCACGUCCUCCCUCCAGAAGCCGCCCACCCGGUGCCGGGAUGGGCGCCGCACCCAGACUCUACGUGCGGCCCGGGCGCUGCCGGUGGCCUUUGCCCGGCGGGGCACCGCAUCCUCGGGACACCCGUGGAGCUCACCUCAGCACGGGGGACCCGGGAAGGCUGUCGCCACCAGAGGUGCCGGGGACAGGAUGAGCCGUAGCGUGUUCUGCUAGAAGGGCCUGCUCUGUGAGGGUGUAAAGACGUGUGUGACCUGGUUCCCCCUCGUGCCGUGUCUGCAGGUGACCGGAAGCGAGCGGGUCGCGCUGAGGCGGUCGGGCGUGUGCGGGAGACCAGAGCGUUCUCUGGCACUUGCCUCGUGCAAGCCACUUAGAACGGGUCUCCUAGGACAAGAAACACAAACUGGGCCAUGAAAAUGCAGGGAUGCAAUGGGGGGAGCGGUUGCCCGUUCUGAUUAAUAAAUGAGGCGUCCCUACUCAUUUCAUUUCUCUGGCUGGUGGCCCGGGUGGGGGGGGCGGGGGGGAAGGGGAAAUGCCAACAGAACCGCAGUGAUGUGUGAUGCUAUUUUUUAUUUUUAAAUAUAUCUUCAGGUUAUUUUCUUACUGUUGCUUAAGAUCUUCUGUAAAAGGAAAAUACCCCCCUUCUUUCCCCCCCCCUCCCCCCCCCCCACCGCAGCCGUGACUCCUUGCAUGAGCACAGUUCGGCAUUCCAGGCCCUGUGACUGUACUGGGGCCGGAAGGGGCAGCUGGCUUCCUGAACGGACGUGGUUCCACUCCAUCAAGGAUCCCGGGGGGGAGUGGGGGGGUCUGUGGGCCUUACGCUUUGUCACAGAUGUUGCCAUUGGCAGAAUUCCUUGUUUCGAAAACGUGUAGCAUUGCUGAAGCAAACAACAAAAGGACGCUUGCUCCCCCACCCCGGCCUCGGCCCCGUGUGCGGUGACCUGGUGGAGUCUACCCCUGUCUGCCCUCGGGGCCCUGUGGCCGGCACACCCGAGCCCUGUGAUGGGCCGGGGCCCCCAGCUCUGUCGGGUGUGAUGUCCCGCAGGGCCGGGGGCUCCCUCACCCGGGGACCGAGAGCUUCACGUCCAGCAAUCAGCAGCAAGGGCUCCGCUGACUUCCCACAGCCUCCGGGGCUCCUUGGGAACCCCGGUCCGCGUGUCUCCGGGGGAGGCCUCAGCCCAGCUCGCCCACUGGCCUGACCAUCCCCCACAGACGAGAAACAGUGACUUCUGGAGUUACGUGAUCCCCCUGCACCCCAAUUUAUGUAGCCCCCUCAUUUUUUACAAAUGCAAAAUCUAUUCUACUCAGGCUUUGGGACUUUCUUCCUUGUUCAUACUCCGUUGAUUCCAUGUGUCGCUGGCAGCAUGCUCCCCAGCUCCAUGUCAUUUCCGCAUCCUAGGUUCAUGAGGACCCCCCACGCCCUGUGGUUUGAAUUCGAUGCCACGGAUUGUAGGCCACAUUUUCAAUUGUGUUUCAGAACACCUUCGCCGUAUCCUUUAAUUGGAUUGAAAGCACUUUUACCACAUGGAGAAAUAUAUUUUUAAUUUGUGACGCUUUUCUACGAGGUCCACUCUUUCUGAGUCUAAUGUGUUUCCAACACUUGGGGAGACUCUGAUGAAAGCUGAUGAAUUUUCUUUUCUGUCCAAAUAAGUAAAGGAAAAAAUAAAAGUCUAUUUAGAUGCUGA